AUGAGUGAAAAAGAAAACAUAUUUCGGUUUAAUCAUAUAGAUAAAAGCAAAACAAAAGAAGAGAUACAGGAAAUCAAAGAACUGUACAAGUAUUAUCAUUUCAAGUUCUGGGUUUAUCAAAAGGCCUAUAAACACUUUAAGAAGCUGAAUCUCCUAUUAAACAUAACAUCAUCUGGCCUGAUAGUAGUUGGAGCUGUUGCUGGUGGUUUGACAGCCAACCCAGCCAUUCUAGGAAGCGUAUCAGGAGCUGGUUUAGUUCUAAAAACAUUUUCUGAGACGAAAGACUACAAGAAAAAAAUAGAAUUAUCUAAAUUUUGUUACACGACUUACAGUAAAGUAUUAGUCGAGUUGAGGACUUCGCUGCGAGGUGGUACCUUUGAUAAAGAUGACUUCUUGAAGGAGAUGACAGUCCUCGAUGAAACAGUUAUCGAUUUCGCCUCAUUAGUGACAAGAUUCGAAAAGCAGUACGCUAAAAAAUUCCUCUCCCAUCCAAGAGAAAAUGUAAAACAAAAUGGCGGAGAGUUUGAGACAACAACCUCGUCCUCAAGGCCUCUCGCUCAAUGA